AUGUCUUUGGCCAUGAUUCUGGUCGCACUCACGCUGGCAGCGUUCAUAGCCCGUGUCGUUUAUCGCUGCUACUUUCAUCCUCUCGCUCGCUAUCCUGGGCCUUGGGCUAACUCCAUCAGGAGACUCGUUACAUUCUUCAGUGGCCAGCAUCACUUAAUAGAACAGCGUCUACACGCUAGAUACGGUCGUGUGGUACGAGUUGCACCCAACUGGCUAUCAUUCUCCAGCCUGGAUGAUUUCGAGGCCAUCUAUGGCUUCAACAAGGCCAUCGAGAAGGACGAAUUCUAUGACUUUGGUCGCGACCGGGGCAGCCGGCCCGAAAGCAUCUUCGCUGCAAAGACAGAGACCAGUCACCGAGUCAAGAAGAAGAAGGUGGUCAGUCCAGCUUUGACUAGUACCAGGAUUGCUUCAUACAAGCCUGUCAUCGAUAAGCACGUGGGGAUUCUGCUGGCACGGCUGCAGUCACAGUCGAAGGGUCCACUGCUAGAUGCAAAGAAUGAUGGUACUACUGCGGUGAAUAUGGCACCAAUUGUGCAUCAGUUCACGCUAGACACAAUGCUUGAGCUGGUCUUCGGCCCUAGGCUAUCGGCACACCCGUAUACUGAUACCCCUGCUGGCGAAGGGGUAUGUUCAAAUCUGCGCAUCAUGACCAAAAUGGCCUGGAGUUUCUCACUUUGGCCGGCCUUUGGGUGGCUCAUGAACACGCGUCCUGUUGAUGCAAUAUUGCGCCGACCGACUUACAGCAAGCAAGGUGAACUCACCGGUAUGGCGGGCCUCAUGGGCGUAGCCAUGCCGAGGCUCCUGAGGAACCCAAAACAAGUGAUUGCGUCUUCCCAGCCCAGUAUCGUCAAGGGCUGGCUAGAAGUCCCUACGGACGAUGCGAAUCGUAUGACUUCAGCCGAAGUCGCGUCGGAGGCGUCCAACUUGAUCAUAGCAGGACCAGGAAGCACAGCGGCUGCUCUGACAGCAGUUAUAUUCUACCUGGGCACGAAAGACGGCCAAGCUUGGCAGGAAAGAAUUCGAGAGCAAAUUCGCGCUUCCCAGAGCCAUGAUUUAGGGCCAUCGUCGCCGGAACUCCAGGCGGUGAUUAAAGAAACGUUAAGACUAAGCGCCCCAUUUCCGACUGCUUUCCCCCGAGUGAUUAGACCUGGCGCUGAGAUGGCCAUACCUAGCCUCCGUGCUCCGCUGCCUGUCGGAACCACGGUCUCUGCGAAUACAUUUGUGCUCGGUCGAUCGCGAGAACUCUGGGGCAAUGACUCUGAUGAAUGGGAACCACGGCGCUGGCUGGGGAGUGAGCAACACCGUCGAGAGAUGGAGACCAAAUUUGUGGCAUUCAGCAAAGGCUCGCGGAGCUGUAUCGGACGUGAGUUGGCCUUGCUUGUUCUUGCGCAGGCAGUGAUUGGGAUCGUCCAGCAAUGGAAAUUCCGCAGUAGGGGCGAGUUGCGAGGCAACAGCUUCCUUGAGAUGCAGUAUGACGAGUGUUGGAUUGAAUUCGAGCGGCUUGACCUGUCGUUGAGCGAAUGA